GAUUUCCGCUCCUUAGGAUCGGAAGCGCGACCUCUGGAACUGUAAAAGCCCAGCCAGUUUUCCUUCCUUCCUUCCUCCCUUCUUCCCAAAGCUCCCAUUUUUUUUAAGUCACUGCGCAUCUCGCCGCCAUUGCAGAAGCUCCCGGCUUCUCGCCCUCCGCCGUGUCCUCCUCCUCCGCCGUCUCCUCCGCCGCGCGCGGCGCCCGCUUCCGUUCAUGUGCAGCCACGCGCGGUUCCCGCAUGGCCAGAUCCACGUAGGCGAGAUUCGACCCGUCCCCGCGGGCAUAUGAUGCCUUGUUGCUCGCUGGGAGAACGCGUCCAGCGCUUCCUCCGCGAUUACGACAGCCUCCAGUCCUUGGCCGUCGUCCUCAUUUACAUCCAAAUUGCUUGCGCGCUGCUGGGAUCGCUGGGCGCGAUAUACAACGGGGUCCUGCUCAUCAACUUGGCUAUUGCUCUGUUCGCUCUGGUGGCUAUCGAGAGUAGCAGCCAGAAGUUGGGUCGAACCUACGCCGUCCUUCUCUUCUGCGCUAUUGUGCUGGACAUCUCCUGGUUCGUCCUCUUCUCGUACGAGAUAUGGAACAUUUCUUCUGAUGACUAUGGAGUAUUUUUCAUCUUUUCAGUGAAACUUGUGCUGGCUAUGCAAAUAUGUGGGUUUUCUGUGAGGCUGUCAUCCUCGUUUUUAUGGAUUCAGAUCUACAGGCUAGGGGCCUCACGUGUAGACAGCACAUAUUCCCAUGAGGUAGAUUCUGAUUUAAGAAGUAGCUUUUUAAGUCCGGUGACUCCUGCUACAGCUAGACAAGGCCCAGAUCCUGAUGAGAUUCUUGGAGGCUCAAUCUAUGACCCCACUUAUUAUUCAUCACUUUUUGAAGAGGGUCAAGACAGUGGAUGCUUAAAUAGGGUUAACCAAACUGGCGCACGUGAUGAUGAAUCUUUAUCUUCGGCAGAAUUUUCUGAGCUGAAGACAUCCGUUGGGAGGUCCUUUCAGGAUGCAGAUGUCAAGGGUUCAAGAACCCUAUCUCAGCAGGAGACUGCAAAGAAGCCUCAGAGUUUAUAGGUAAAGGAUAUAUGAUAAAUAUACCCUUCUCAGGAUCUAGUGCAUCCAUAUAUUCUGAGAUUUCAUCAUUCAAUUUUCCGAUUGAGUUAUUUUAGGAUGGCUUUGUACAUUUUCCUAUGUCCAUUCUUUUUGUAUGAAGAGGAUGCUGAGUGUAAUUUAGAAGGAUCAUAUUCGCGGCUCAUGUGGAAAUUGGAGUUGACUAAUCAAAUGAUAUUGUAUUCAUUAACUUCUGAGAGGGAACUUCAAUGGAAAAUGUUGGGUUUAACUUCAUUUGAAUGCCA